AUGGCUGCUUUAGUGCCAGCGACAGCCCUCCGUGCACCCGGCGCGGCGGUGCACCAUGGUUCCUCCUCAACGACUUUCGCCGGAGGCGUGUCGUCGUCGCGGCUCCUUCCCGCGGCGUCGCCAGCCGUCGCCAGCCGGAUGCCGGUUGCGAUCCGUGCCGUCGCUGUGCCUCCUGCUCCCAGCAAGCAGAGCACCCCCGCUUCUACCGGCGCGGUGAAGUCCCCCAUGACGAUGACGGAGAAGAUCCUGGCGCGCGCGGCGGAGCGGGCGCGCGUGGCGCCGGGCGAGAACGUGUGGGUGAACACGGACGUGCUGAUGACGCACGACGUGUGCGGCCCCGGCACCAUCGGCAUCUUCAAGAAGGAGUUCGGCGCCGACGCCAAGGUGUGGGACCGCGAGAAGAUCGUAAUCAUCCCGGACCAUUACAUCUUCACGGCGGACGAGCGCGCGAACCGCAACGUGGACAUCCUGAGGGACUUCGUGCAGGAGCAGAACAUCAAGUACUUCUACGACAUCACCGACCGCUCCAACUUCCAGGCCAACCCCGACUACAAGGGCGUGUGCCACGUGGCGCUCGCGCAGGAGGGGCACUGCCGACCAGGCGAGGUGCUGUUUGGCACGGACUCGCACACGUGCAACGCGGGAGCGUUUGGGCAGUUCGCGACGGGCAUUGGCAACACGGACGCCGGCUUCAUCCUCGGCACCGGCAAGUGCCUGCUCAAGGUGCCGGCCACGCUCCGGUUUGUGCUGGACGGGGAGAUGCCGCCCUACCUGCUCGCUAAGGACCUUAUCCUGCAGAUCAUCGGUGAGAUCGGAGUGGCAGGGGGCACGUACCGGGCCAUGGAGUUCACAGGCACUGCCGUUGAAGCCAUGACGAUGGAGGAUCGCAUGACGCUGUGCAACAUGGUCAUCGAGGGCGGAGGCAAGAACGGUGUGGUGGCGGCAGACAAGACCACCUUCGCCUACCUCGAUGGCAAGACCACGUUGACGCAUGAGCCUGUCUACAGCGAUGGCAACGCCAGCUUCUAUGAGGAGUAUCGGUUCGACGUCUCAAAGCUCAACCCCGUGGUUGCUAAGCCGCACUCACCAGACAACCGAGCAACAGCGUUGGAGUGUCGGGACAAGAAGGUGGACCGCUCCUACAUCGGCUCGUGCACGGGCGGCAAGACCGAGGACUUCCUCGCCGCUGCGAAGCUCUUCCAUGCCGCGGGCAAGAAGGUGGUGGUGCCGACCUUCCUGGUACCUGCUACUCAGAAGGUGUGGAUGGACAUUUACACCAUGCCUGUGCCGGGGGCGGAUGGCAAGACCAUGGCGCAGAUCUUUGAGGAGGCCGGCUGCGACACUCCUGCUGCCCCCUCCUGUGCUGCAUGCCUGGGUGGGCCCAGGGAUACUUACGCCCGCAUGAACGAGCCCCAGGUGUGCGUCUCCACUACCAACCGCAAUUUCCCAGGCCGCAUGGGUCACAAGGAGGCUCAGAUUUAUCUGGCCUCGCCGUACACUGCCGCGGCUUCAGCCCUCACUGGCCACAUCACUGAUCCUAGGGAGUUCCUUGGCUGA